ACUAACUCUCAACUGACAAUAUAAUUCAUUUAGUUUUCUGAUCGCUUCCUAUCAAAAUGGUUGUUAAGCUUAUAGCACUUUUUGGACUAAUAAGCUCAUUUUUAGUUGGCGUUUUAGCUGACAAUGAAAUAGUUGAGGAUUACAAGGUUAAAGAGCUACCUAGCUCUUAUGCUCAUUUGGGAGAAGGACCUCACUGGGAUAUUGCAACACAAAACUUAUACAUGGUUGAUCUUGAUGUUGGAAAACUGAAACGUUUGGACUACAAUCAGAAAAAAUGGUACAAGUGUCAAAUUGAAAAUGCGACUUUUGCUACAUUCAUCAUACCAGUAGAAGGAACGACCGACAAGUUCGCUGUUGGAAUUGAACGUCAAGUAGCUAUCGUUAAAUGGGAUGGUGUUUCAGAAACUUGCAAAGUUGAAAAAAUCAUUCUUACCGUUGAACAAUCGUAUAAUAAUAACCGCUUCAACGAUGCUAAAUGCGAUCCUCUUGGGCGUUUAUUUGCAGGAACAAUGCGCAAAUCUGACUUUGAUUUACGUACUGGACAUUUGUUCAAACUAUUGAAGCCUAAUUCAUAUGAAGUUAUGUUAUCUAACUUAGGAAUUGCAAAUGGUCUUGUUUGGAAUGAAAAAGGAGAUAAAUUUUAUUUUGUAGAUUCCCAAGAUUAUAAUGUAAAGCAAUAUGAUUAUAAUACCAAAACUGGCGAAAUAAGCAAUGCAAUAGUAAUUUCGAAUACUACAUCACUACCUGAUGGGAUGACCAUUGACAAUAAAGGAUUCCUGUAUGUGGCUGGUAAUGGUGGCUCCGCUGUAUUAAAGAUUGAUCCAAAAAAACGAAAAAUUGUACAAAAAAUCGAAAUACCAGCCAAGGAAAUAACAUCUUGUGCGUUCGGUGGUCCAAAUUUAGAUAUUUUAUUUGUUACAACAGCAAAUGAGAAAUACCCAUCUUCAAACGCUGGUAAAACCUAUAUGGUAACUGGCUUAGGUGCAAGAGGCUUACCAAUGACGAAGUUGAAUCUUAAACAUUAUAAUUAAAAAUGCAACUGAAGCGAAACGAACAUUAAAAUUUAAUUUUAAACAAUAAUAAAUUCAAAAACUAAAUUAAACUUGGUAUUGAACUUGAGGGUAGUUUAAUUAUUUUUCAAUUCAAAUAAAUAAAAUAAAUCUGUAAAUAAUGUAUUUAAAAGUAAAAAAAAAUGUUG